GCGCCGCCGCCGCCGCCGCCGCCGCUCGCCUCUCACUUCCCCCUUCCACUCCCUCCCUCUCGCUCCCCCAGUCCUCCCUCCCUCCCGCCGCGACCUUGGCGGGAGAGACGGAGUGGAAGGGAGCGGGGGAGAGCGGGUCUGGUCAUGUGCCUCGGCCUGCCUGCCUCGAAUGGCCUGGCUGGCGGGCUGGCUGUGCGCGACUCGCCUCUCCCUCUGUGUUGUAGUAUAGCUUUUAUUUAUCUUUGGCAUUGGCACCAAAGGCCCGCGGCGAGCCACCUCACCUGGCACGGCCGCCGAGCCCAGCCCAGCCCAUCUCCCUCCCGAGCAAAGCUAAAUCUUAUCUGUGGAUCGGCUGGUGGCAGGACGGUCACAAGCGACCAGCAGGACUCGGACUGUCCACGAUAAUACCAACGUGAUUCACUCUGUCGCGGUGCUGACACGCCAUUCUGGCGCCGACCCGACCAACGCGCAGAGCCAACCCUGUCGGCGCCUCCUGGCCGUCAACAAAACUGCUGCUGCUGCUACCCGGGAGCACCGGGACCUCGCCGUCGAAGACACGCCGUGACCAUGAGCCUGUCACAGCUCCUGCUCGGUGACGGCCUCGGCCUCCUGCUCGCCGCCAUGGGGUCCGCCGUGGACGACUUUAUGCUGCACCAGGACACGGACAGCGACGAGUAUGUGCCCAAGGGAGUGCACAUCUGGGAGACCGAGCUCCAUGACUUCGUGGUACUCUACGUGGUUAAAGACUCCGAUGGCGCAGGCGGCUCUAGCAGGGAUCCGGCGGACAAGAAGAUGGGGAGACACCUGCAGCCCCUUAACACCAUCACCUAUACGGUGAGUGCGCGCAGCCCUGGCGCAGCCGGGGGGAAAGGCGGAGAGAAAGGGAAGAGACUGGGCGGGCCCCUUGUUUGUAUUUAGCCCGCCAUUGUUCGAGCCGUAAACCUCCCGCGGGCGAAGGGGGAGGGGGGAAAGGACUACUGCGCCUUCCCUGGCCACCCUCCUCCACCCUCCUUCCCCGCCCCGG